GCGACCCGCCGCGACGCGUCGUGCUAUAAACGCCGCGUCUGAUCGUGCCAGCUUUUCCUGGUUACGCUACAUCUCAUCCGGGCGGCGCUGCGCCUCAUCCGGGCGAUGGCGCGCCUCGUCCUGAAAGUGCACUUGCUCCCCGCGCGUUUGGACAGGCCUAUGAGGGGCGGUCGAGGUCCUCGUAUGAAUGAAGCCCGUGGGCCCCCAGCCGGAGAACACAGGCCUACACGCUGCCCACGUCCUGCGAAGCCUACGCAAGAGGUUGUCAUCCUGCCAUUGCGCCUCGAACGCUCGCUUUCCAGUCGAAUGAAUGCGCUGAAACUGGGCAUCAAUGCGCUUGAGGAACCCAUCCGUCACGUUCGAACGAUUGGAUUCUGAGCCAAAGAUGUAGAUGCGAGCAAAUCGUAGCGCCGACGGAUGGAUGUCAGUGUCACAUGUCGAUGACUAAUCAGAUACUCGGACCGACCAGAGCGGAUGCGCGGUGGCGUCGCCUCGUUUGGGUUUCGAGGAUCCACGCCCAUCUCCCUGGCUAGUCGCGUC